UGGCGCUGGAGAGACCGAUAGCAACAACGACACCAACAAUACCGCGAAAGCUACAAGUACCUCCGAUCAGCGCCAGCAGCAGCAACAGAACCCAGGCGGGUUUCAAGGCAUCGCGGAACUCGCGGACAUGGACGACUGGGGUUCUGCUUGGCAGGACGCAAAGGCGAACGGAGGCAGCUGGGGUGGCCGCGGGAAAGGGGGCCGCGGCAUCCAGCGGAACACAUGGCAGCCGAAGGACGUGUACGUCGAGGGCGUAACGCUUGCGUACCAGGGGACGGAGCUGCUGGAGAGGACUACCCUCAGGCUCGGGAACGGCCGCCGGUACGGCUUGGUCGGUGCCAACGGCGUGGGUAAGACCACGCUGUUGAGGCGCAUCGCGGCGGGAGCGGUCCCCGGAUGGCCGCUCCACAUGCGGACCUACCUGGUGCAGCAGGAAGAGUUGGAAGGAAGCCCUUCCGUGAGCGCCCUGCAGACAGUGGUCGCCUCCGAUGCAAGGAUCACCGUUCUUCAGCGGGAGGCGGAGUUGCUCGAGGCCGACGCGGAAGGAGCUAGCGCAGCUCCACCCCUCCCGGGGGGUGGAACAAAGGCAUCCCCCCCGCCCCCGCAUCCGCCGGCGCCGCGCGGAGGUGGGGAGUCGUUCGUGGUGUCGCAGCUGCAGAACGAGAUUGCCAAGCUUACGCUGGAGGAAAAGGCCACCCGCUUGGCGGAAGUGUACGAGGACCUCGACGUUCUGGAUGCGCACGAAGCGGAGGGUCGCGCCACGAGCAUUCUCAAGGGGCUGGGGUUCAGCGAGAGCCGCAUGUCUUGCCCCACUGCCGAGCUUAGCGGGGGUUGGAUGACCAGGGUGUCUCUGGCCUGCGCCUUGUUCUGCCGACCAGACCUUCUCCUCCUCGACGAGCCAACCAACCACUUAGACCUCGAGGGAGUGCUGUGGCUUUCGAAGCAGCUCACGGAGGGGAUAGGGGAAACGAUGGUGCUCAUGGUAUCCCACGACGCCGCCUUCCUCGACGCGGUUACCACCGACAUCAUCCACUUCCGUCUCAAGCAGCUCACCUACUACGCUGGCAACUACUCGGCAUACAUGAAGACGAAGUCAGACCACGACGUUGCGGCGAACCGGCUCCAAGACAACCUCGACAAGCAGCGGAAGCACAUCGAGGAUUCCGUCAAGAAAAUGACCAAGGCAGCCAGCGGGAAGGGCGGCGACCAGAAAAAGUCCAGCCAGGUGGCGUCUCGCAACAAGAAGCUAGGGCGACACGGCCUAGAGAGGGAUGUGAACGGGCACAGGUGGAAAGCACAGACUGUGGCCAACACCGGCAGCUCCAUUCGAGCCGGCUGCGCCAACGAGCUCACCAACAGGGGCAGCAAAACGGCGAGGAGAAGUUUGGCUGCGCACGUGGACAAAGAGACGGUCUUCAAGUUUCCCGACGUGGCUCCCCUCUCGUGCGCGAUGGACGCCCCCAUCGUGCAGUGCCGUGGAGUGACCUUCUCCUUCCCCGCGUCGACCUCCUCUACUUCGUCGGCGUCUGGCAAGAACCAACCGCUUUUGGAGGACGUCACGAUGGACUUCACGCGCAGGAGCAGGGUCGUACUGGUGGGUCGAAACGGGUCCGGCAAGAGCACUCUCCUGAAGCUUAUUGCGGCCGCUACCGAGGCCGGAAGCGGCGCCCCCGGGGUUGCGACCGGGGGCGGCGACAACCUUGCUCCGACACGAGGGAGCAUCGUCCGAAAUUUCAACGCGCGCGUCGGACUGUUUACGCAGCACCACGCGGAGAGGCUUCUCAUGUCCGACAGCCCGCUGCAGCACAUGCGGAGGGUCUUCGGCAGCGUGGAGGGCAUCAACGAGGCUGAAUUGCGUCGUCAGCUUGGCUGCUGCGGUAUCACCGGCCGUCUGGCCCUGCAAGAGAUGCGGAGCCUGUCGGGAGGGCAGAAGAGCAGGGUAGUGCUGGCUGAGCUUAUGACACAUCGUCCUCACUUGCUUCUGCUUGAUGAGCCAACCAACCACUUCGACCUGGCCAGCAUCGACGCCCUCAAGACGGCCCUCGAGGGCUACAGAGGGGGAGUAGUCCUCGCCUCCCACGACCAAGCCCUCAUCUCCGAUAUGCUCGACCACGACGACGACGACGCGGAUGGCGAGGACGGGGGCUCGGGACCGGCCCGGGGAGAACUGUGGGAAGUCAAAGGCCACCGCGUCCGGAGGCGAGAGGAGGGGGGGAUCUCCCUCUAUCUGGAGGAGUUGGCGGAGCUUGCGGAGAGGCGCGAUGCCAGGAGGAGAGCGGCGGCGCGGUGAACGGAAAGCACCAUGUACCGGAGAGCCCCCGCUCUUCUGUGCGUCGAACCAGUGUAGCCCCGCCCUAGAGGCAUCUGGCGGGAAACGUGGUAACAGUAGGCUGUGAAUUGCCCCUCCGGGCCGGUGAAAGUGUCUGGGGUUACUUGGACGAAUGGGCUCGCGCUACUCUACCCAGAAGAAUACGGUGAUUGAUCGGUAUGGCGGGUACUUGUGCGAAUGGGCUCGCGCCACUCUACCCAGAAUCAUAUGCUGAUUGGGUGUUAUUGUGAGGCGUCUGGGACUACUUGCGCGAAUCGGCAUGCACCAUCGUGCAAAAUCAUUCCGCUGAUUCUAAUUGGUCUUUGGUGGAUUCGACUCGUUCGGCGCUAGCUCGAGUAGCGUGUCCCCAUGCUCGAAGGUUGCGAGCUUUGCUCUGGUCUGCGGCGGUGCUUUCGUACGCGUUUCCUCGAAAAUAAACUCGGCCGGUUGAAAUUAUCCCAGAAUUUGUAUGCCAAGUGUCUUUUCGUACUGAUUAUUAACGCGAAGAUAGAGACACGCG